GCUGUAUUCCACCUCUAGCACGAAGAUAGCCGGGAUGGCCUACGCUGCAGCACUCCCGCGACUCUUGUGUGGAUAAGCGGCUAAGAAGAUGGAUGGAUGUAUUAUAUAUGCACACACAGACACUCUCCUCCGAAGCUACUGGAACAGCAAGCGCUACGAAGAUGAACAGUCCUGCUGCUUAGAUGAACAGUCCUGCUGCGUGGAAGAUCCCUGGUGUGACUCACAAGCUCCUGAUUGGUCCAUGCCUCUGGGGGAUUUCCGCCUAGGCAGUUCCUCCACCUCUACAACUAUUCUUGUCGUCCUCUUUCACUCCCUUUGAGCAAGUCAGAAGUCUUUGACAAGUCAACGGUGUGUUUGCAUGUGCAUCAUGGACGUUCUGUUGGCUUCCAUGCUUGAGGAUGAACCACAUCUGACUGCAUUGAGGAGGUAGGGUGACUUGCUCUAUCAGCUCCUGAUUGACGCUAUCACUCAAGCCUGUGAUUGGCUGAGCCAGCAAUCCGGAUCUUUGAGCAGCCCAGGCCGAGAGGGAUGCGCUUCCGUUACAAGUGUGAGGGUCGCUCGGCCGGCAGCAUCCCUGGUGAGAAAAGCACGGAAAACAACAGGACCUUCCCCAGUUUGGAGAUCCUAAACUACUGUGGCAGGGGGAAAGUGUGUGUUUACUUGGUGACGAAAAAUGAGCCUUACAGGCCACAUCCUCAUGAUCUGGUGGGCAAAGACUGUAAAGAUGGCUACUACGAGGCAGAGUUCGGGCCGGAUCGUAAAGUGAUCGCUUUCCAGAACCUGGGGAUCCGGUGUGUGAAAAAGCGGGAGGUCAAAGAUGCCAUUUUACAAAGGAUUAGCAGAGGGAUCAACCCCUUCAAUGUACCACAAGAGCAGCUGUUGCAGAUGGAAGAGUAUGACCUGAACGUGGUCCGCUUGUGUAUACAGGUUUUCCUGCAGGAUGAAACCAGUCACUACACUCGAGUACUCAACACUGUAGUCAGCAACCCCAUCUACGAUAACAGGGCUCCAAACACUGCAGAGCUGAGGAUCUGUCGGGUUAACAGCAACAGCGGCUCAGUUAAAGGAGGAGAUGAGAUCUUCCUGCUUUGUGAUAAAGUGCAAAAAGAUGACAUAGAGGUCCGAUUUUUCUCCUCUAAUGGCUGGGAAGCCAAAGGCUCGUUCUCUCAAGCCGAUGUUCAUCGCCAAGUAGCCAUCGUCUUUAAGACGCCACCUUUCUACAACACCUCUAUAACCGAGUCGGUCACCGUACACAUGCAGCUACGCCGACCCUCUGAUCUGGAAGUCAGCGAGCCACUGGACUUCCGAUAUCUUCCCCAUGACAAAGAUCCAUACGGCUAUAAUAAGAAAAAGCGCAGUAGAGAGAACUUAAUGAAGAUGUCAGGGUUGUCAGCUGUUCCGUUUUCUGGCCUGGCUGCAAGCAGGCAAAGACCAGCAUCACAGAAUACCAGCAAUCACAUGCAAGACCUCAACAUGUACCUGAGGCAGCCUCCACCUACAAUGCAGCAACAACCUGCGUACAGCCAACCGUAUCAAGCAAAUGUUCCAGUCAGCCGUUCCUUGACAAACCCUAAUCCGCUUCUCCAGAUGAAUACAGUCCCCAUGAUUCCUUCCAAUGCCAUGACCAGUCAGCCACAACAUCUCAACCACGGUUCUAGUUUCCACUGUGAAACCAAUGUUCUCACGCAGCUGUCCAUCGGGGACUUGCAGUGCUUGGACACAGUCCCACAGGGUCCUGUGAUGAGCCAGCCCGAGUCCCACCCGCUCUUCCUAUCACAGCACCAGGGGACAGCCCCAGCCUUCAAUAACCAGGUUCUAAACCACCAGGGGAGUCAGAAUCAGUCCUUCCAAAAUGUGUGGAAUAAUUUUAGUGGCCUCAGUCCAAUUCAGAACACAUUUGAGAGCGCUCUCCCUGGGCCAGAAAAAGGGCAAGGAUCUUUCCCACUCUUGGAGGGGAUGCAAAGGAAUGAAUUUCUGAAGGGCCAAGUUGGAAGAGACGCUCAGACUGUGUUCCAAAUGGAACAAAAGCCUCAAAUCUCAGUCAAACAAGAGUCUCACAUGUCUGUGAUGCCAUUCUCUACAGAACCCCAUGCAAACACAUACACCAGCCUGGUGCCCCAUCCCAUGAACAACGGCAACAUGAACGUUUCAAGGCAAGAAGAGGGACGAAAAACACACCUCGCUUACCCAAAUUUUAAAGACCCUUACCCUACUAACCACAUGACUCUUGGAACUCAUUUUGGAACUUUGGAUGACUGGGUCAAGUCUGAAGGAGGUAUUCGUCAACAUAGUGACUACAAGAAAUGACACCCGCCGAAGGUAAUCGGAUCCAAAGAAGUCAUUGAGCAUAUACUCCUUAAACUGAAAGUGAUCCUCUGCUAGGGGUGCUACGUGGGCAUUGACUUGGGCAUGGAGUGUAUCAUGAAUUACAUCAGUGUGAGAACACAAUAACUGCCAGUUCCACACCCAUAACCAGAAUAAGGAAUGAGCGCAACACAGUUGCUAAUGGUUAUCAUUACAUGGCACAGUACGUAAUUGUUUUCACUUACUAAUUAGUAUUCCUGUUGCAUUGCAAGUCAUUUCAGACAGGAAAUGCUAUACCUCCAGUACCCCUUUUUUUUCCUUGCGGUGAUUUUGAGAGAGUCUGAUUUUCUUACUUGUAAAGUAGGUAUGAGUUUGUGAAGAAGACUGAAAAUUAGAGGAGGAUACAUGGGUUACACAUGGUGUAGUGGUACACACGCCUGACUUUGGUAGGUUAAGUUCCCACUCAGUGACGGUGUGACUGCUUGACUGUCCCUGUGUGUUCCCUAUGAUUGGUGACCAGUCCAGAAGUGACCCAGGAAGGGCUCCAGUUCAGUAGAAAAUGGACGAAGGGAGGGAUAAAUGAAUACACAAACAUGCGCGUCUUUUUUUUUUUUUUUUUACGUUGUAAUGUUUCAGUCCUCAUUGGAGUGAAUUAAGUGCAAAUGUAUCAUUAAUUCAUUGGAGGUUUAAUUCUAGAGGAAAAGGUAGAGGAUUUUCAAGUCACUGUGCCUUUUUAUUUCUUUGUAAAGGAAUGUCGCACAUUGUUCAUGUGCAUUUACAUUUGUCUAUUUACCUUUUUUUUUUUUUUUUGUCAUUUUAGCCAUAUUUCAGUGGUUGCUGAAUGGCUCAUGAAUUGACAAGGUACAAAAAUUUCCAAUGAGGAAGUUGGAGGUAGCACACGAAGUUGUGACUUUCCUCAGUAAUGACUAGGUCACUCCAGUCAUCACAUUUGUUAUUCUCAGAGGUUCUUCUAAGAGUCAAACAGAUGUUAGACUGAUAGAAAUGUAAAUAUCUUUUUUUUUUUUUUCAUCCAGCUGAUGCUUCUUCUACACGUGGCGAAUAAAGGACAAGCACUUGAUCUUGCACAGAGUUGCUUUGCCACCAUUGGAGCUAAUUAUGUUUUGUACUUCUACCAAAAAUUGUUUACUAUGAUAUUAUGGGGCGUUAUUUGGAGGGGUUUUGCUGCAGGAUCGGUUUUUAAUAAACGAUGUUCCUCAAGGGUUUUUGUCACCGUUUUGUUACAUUUAUAUAUAUAUAUAUUACACUGUAGCCAUAAAAAAACGUCAAUAUAAAUUAUUUUUACCAAGUUACAGGAAGCCAGAGAUCCCGCACAAGCAUGGCCAGAACAAAAACUCCGCACAAGACCCUGAAGCCUACAUGCCAUCAAACCCCAUUUUGGGGGGGAGGUUCUAAAUUUGUUUCAGUUGAUUUGCCUUGUACUAAGUCUUCUGUACAGUGACUAUAAAAAAAAUUACAUAUCUUAUGCGAAGCGUUGUUAUAUUAAGUAAUGAGACCUAGAUAAACACCCAUCCAGGAAUUUUCUGAGUCACUUGUCCUCCCAAGGGUCGCCGGCGUGCUGGAGCCUAUCCCAACCAUCUUCGAGCAAAACUGUGAGGCAGAAGCUCUUACCAGUCAUCCACCUUUCCCCACCUAGAUGAACAAUAUCCCAAAAUUGCUUUGACUUGCUGUCCAACACGAUUGUGGGGGAUUACAGAGGGGAACUAAAAAAAAAAAAUCAACAUCAAAACCGCUCUAACUCAAGAUGUGGCUGUGUUUAGAGUUAACUGAUCACAAACUCAUAAAUGGAGUCAGCACACACCUCUGCCACCAUUGAAAGUGCUACUGACUAACUAACUGGUCAGGAAGGUUGUCAAGAUGGUGAUAGAAUCAUUGAAGGGGCUGCAAGAAUUUUGGCCAAGUAUCGACUGUUUGCUACAUGUGGCAACAAUCAUCCAUCUUCCACAUAUUUUACGUCGAGGUUGCGACGUCGGGAAGCCCUGCCUUACAAAGAAUCACGUCCAAGCCUGGCUAUAUUUCGCAAAAGCGCACGAAGAAUCUCCCACAAACAUCCCACAUGUGUCAUGGGCUGAUGAAACCAAUGUUGAACUUUGGGCCAUAUUUCUGAGAGGUUUGUUUGGUGCAAAAAGAUCAUUUAUCGUCACAAUAAAAACACCCUACUUGCAGUGAACCUUGGUGGUGGCAGUGUUGUGCUUUGGGGUAGUUUUUCUUUCUCACUCAAGAUGGAAUUAUGAACAGUUCUAAACACCAAGUAGUGUCAGCACCAAACAUUAAAGCUUCUGCUAAAAAGCAGAAAACUUUAUCAGGAGUUAUUCAGAAUUGGUUAAAAAUUUGGCAGCUAAUUAGUGGGUGUGCAAACUUGUGGAACCACGUUAUUUCGUUGUUUUACGUUGCCUCUUUAAAAUAUAUUUUGAAUCAAGUUUAAUAGGUUGUCUUACUAAUGAUGGAAAAUGGUUUGAUCUCAUUUUGUUAUAUCACAAAGCCUGGCAUUUCAACAGC